AUGGCGUCCAAACAGUCUUCGAAGCCCGGUGUCUACGUGCACAACGGGCAGGUUCUCCAAGCUCCUCCGUUUUCCGUCCAGAUUAGACGUUUUAUGGAGAAUAUAUACCUCUUCCUUGGGCUCUACUUCACUAGCUUCUUCGCGCUGGACUCGUACGCCGCUGCCCAAGCCUCGCCAUUUAACGUUACCAGAGCUGGAAACAAGGACAACACGAGGUCUCGCUGGGGUAGCUCUGGAGGUCGUGGAGGAGGAGGAGGUGGUGGUGGUGGUGGGCCUGGAGGCGGCGGUGGCUUUGGUUCUUUCGGCUCAGGAAAGUUUGGGAAGGUGGACGAUAUUCAAGGCUCAUGCAAGACAUGCUUCUGA